ACCUUCACUCUCCUGCUCCUCUUCUCUCGCCGCCCAUCUCCACGCUUGCCACUGCUCCUGCCUCCCCCUCUCUAUCCCUCUGUGUGCUGCACCUAGCUGACGCUGUCGCCGCCGCCGCCGCUACUCGCCCUCGCCCGCCCGUUUGCCUGUCCACACACACUCAAGGCGGUAAUCAAACACGGCCGCUACCCUCCCAACCGUCUCCCAUACCCCGGUGCAAACUCUGAAGUGCUCACAAACGAGUCCUCGGACCCAGUGUUGCGCAAUCGCCUUGUUUGCCGCGUCCAGUUACCGACGACUGCAAUAAGACUUGUCUGUAUUUAGCAGCCUCGACGUGCUCCUCAGUUCCGAAUCUUCGCGACUUCCCCACGUCCAGCCUGCCUUUUUCCACACACAACCCUCCCAAGCCCCCCUUAUCCAACGUCCUCCACCCCGCGCCUGUCGCACUGCCAUAAACACCACCAUCCACCAUGGCGGAAUUCGUACGCGCCCAGAUUUUUGGCACCACUUUCGAGAUUACCAGCAGAUACACCGAUCUGCAGCCCGUCGGCAUGGGCGCAUUCGGUCUCGUUUGCUCAGCAAAGGACCAGCUUACCAACCAGGCGGUGGCUGUUAAGAAGAUCAUGAAGCCCUUCAGCACUCCAGUUCUGUCCAAGCGGACAUACCGAGAACUGAAGCUCUUGAAGCACCUUCGGCACGAAAAUAUCAUCAGCUUGAGCGACAUCUUCAUCUCUCCUCUCGAGGACAUCUACUUCGUCACCGAACUCCUCGGCACCGAUCUCCACCGUCUGCUCACCUCGAGGCCGCUCGAGAAGCAAUUCAUCCAAUACUUUCUCUAUCAGAUUUUGCGUGGAUUGAAAUACGUCCACUCGGCUGGUGUUGUGCACCGCGAUCUCAAGCCCAGCAACAUUCUCGUCAACGAGAACUGCGAUCUCAAGAUUUGCGACUUCGGUCUCGCCCGUAUACAAGACCCCCAGAUGACGGGUUACGUCUCGACGCGAUACUACCGAGCACCUGAAAUCAUGCUCACGUGGCAAAAGUACGAUGUGGAGGUUGACAUUUGGAGCGCGGGAUGCAUCUUUGCUGAGAUGCUCGAGGGCAAGCCCCUGUUCCCCGGAAAGGACCAUGUGAACCAAUUCUCCAUCAUCACGGAGCUUUUGGGCACUCCCCCAGAUGAUGUUAUCCAGACCAUUUGCAGUGAAAACACACUGCGGUUCGUUCAAUCGCUUCCGAAGCGCGAGAGGCAGCCAUUGGCCAACAAGUUCAAGAACGCUGAGCCUGACGCGGUUGAUCUUCUAGAAAACAUGCUGGUUUUUGACCCGAGGAAGCGCGUACGAGCAGAGCAGGCUCUCGCUCACCCAUACCUUGCGCCAUACCACGACCCGACCGAUGAGCCGGUAGCCGACGAGAAAUUCGAUUGGUCGUUCAAUGACGCGGACUUGCCAGUCGACACCUGGAAGAUCAUGAUGUACUCGGAGAUCCUCGAUUACCACAACGUUGAUGCGGCAGUACCGGAGCAGGAGAACAACGGCAGCUAAUCGCCAAUGGAUGUCCCG